AUUUCGCUUGUCACUGUCACCUUUCAGAUUUCCACGCAAACUUUAUUCAAUAUGAGUGGUAGAAGGAGGGCCGAGUCACUGAAGGGUUUAACGCUUCCAAAAUAUAGUCGACCUCAAACUGAAGAAGAGAUGGCGUCGAUGCAUAACUAUAGAGACAGUGGCAUCCUUCUACUCUCUUUGACUCAAUCUCGACAAGCUUGGACAAGUUCUAUUUUAAAAAAGUUUUCUAGCAAACAAGAAGUUAUUUAUCAACCCAAAUUACCGGAAUAUACAAAUCCAAAUGCGAUUGUUUCAUUACUAGGAAAAUGUCAUAUUACUAUAGGACCACACACUUUUUACGAUACUAAAAUUUAUGAGGCCGUAUACGAAAAAGAAAUGCCGAACCCAGAUAUUCAGGUUGGAAAUUUUCAAAUCCAGCAACCAACACAAUUGGGAUCGCUCCAAUCUCCAGCACAACAGCAAACGCAAUCAAGUGCGCAAAGCUUAACACAAUCACCACCAUCAGUUAUACAGAUGCCGUUACAACAGCCUUUGCCUGCAACUCACACACAACAAUCGUCUCAGGCAAAAACUCC